GCCGCUGUAGCCGAGCCGGCUUCGAUGCGGUGUGGUUCCGCGCGCGCGCCUCCUCCCCUCUUGGGUGGUCUUGGGCCAUGCCCCGCUACGAGCUGGCUUUGAUCCUGAAAGCCAUGCAGCGGUUAGCAUGAAGAAUAAAUAAAAGUUGUGGUUAAACUCAGCAACUGGAUUCAGUGAUGGUGAUGGAUGUGUCAAAACCAGGUCUUCUUAAAGGCUACAAGACUAAAUCUUUGGAAUGGUGCCAGUUUAGACCCAGCCCGGUCCUAGACCAUCUUGAUAGAAGAGUCUCCAGAAUAAGAAAAGACUUUUAAAGCCUCCAUGUAGCUCUGUGAGUAGGGGACAAGCUCUGGUCACUUGUGGAAGCUGCCUUUCAGGGUUGGUACACUAGGCUUCACUAGACUAUAGCUGCAACUCAGAAUUUCUCCUCCAGCACCUGAGUAAAUGCUGAUGGUCUUGUGGAGAGUGGAUUGAGAGGACGGGCUUAAGUUCUCAGAUCCUAAUUAAGAAGCGGAGGACUGUUUAAAAAAAAAGUGUCUCCUUCCAAGUGUAUCACAACCAGCACCAUCAAGACAGCAAACCAAAGGACAAAGACUUUGUGACCUGCUGUGUUACUCUGUGUAGCCCAGUUCACGUAUUAUAAAACAAAACAAAAACCCAUACAGACUUGGCUGGGGUGGCUUAUUGCAUAAGUAAAGUAAAUAAAAUAAAUAAAUAAAGUCGGACAUUUCCUGUCGCCCACCGGACUCUCCUUCGCCCAGUUAACCCCCCAAAAAGUCCAAAAUGAGAGCUGUCCUAGAAACGGCAGACAUUGCCAUUGUGGCCCUGUAUUUUGUCCUCGUCAUGUGCAUUGGUUUCUUUGCCAUGUGGAAAUCUAACAGGAGCACCGUGAGCGGCUACUUCCUGGCGGGGCGCUCCAUGACCUGGGUGGCCAUCGGGGCCUCCCUCUUCGUCAGCAAUAUCGGCAGCGAGCACUUCAUUGGGCUGGCAGGCUCGGGUGCCGCCAGUGGCUUCGCUGUAGGCGCCUGGGAGUUUAAUGCCUUGCUGCUCUUGCAACUGCUGGGCUGGGUCUUCAUCCCCAUUUACAUCCGCUCAGGCGUCUACACCAUGCCCGAGUACUUGUCCAAGCGAUUCGGUGGCCACAGGAUUCAGGUCUACUUCACUGCCCUGUCGCUGCUCCUCUAUAUCUUCACCAAGCUCUCGGUGGACCUGUACUCUGGGGCCCUCUUUAUCCAGGAGUCCCUGGGCUGGAACCUCUACCUGUCGGUCAUCCUGCUCAUCAGCAUGACAGCGCUGCUGACCGUCACCGGUGGCCUGGUGGCCGUCAUCUAUACCGACACCUUGCAGGCCCUGCUGAUGAUCGUGGGCGCCCUCACGCUCAUGAUCAUCAGCCUGCUACGGGUGGGUGGCUUCGAGGAGGUGAAGCGCCUCUACAUGCUGUCUGCACCCAACGUCACGUCCAUCCUGCUGACCUACAACCUGUCCAACACCAACUCCUGCCACAACGUGCUGCCCAAGAGCAACGCACUCAAGAUGCUGCGUGACCCCACCGACGAGGACGUGCCCUGGCCAGGCUUCGUGCUGGGCCAGACGCCGGCGUCUGUGUGGUACUGGUGCGCCGACCAGGUGAUUGUGCAGCGGGUCCUGGCCGCCAAGAACCUGGCCCAUGCCAAAGGCUCCACGCUCAUGGCCGGCUUCCUCAAGCUGCUGCCCAUGUUCAUCAUUGUGGUGCCCGGCAUGAUCUCCCGGAUCCUCUUUCCCGACGACUUGGCGUGCAUCAACCCCGAGCACUGCAUGCGUGUAUGUGGCAGCCGUGCUGGCUGCUCCAACAUCGCCUACCCACGCUUGGUGAUGAAGUUGGUGCCCGUGGGCCUGCGGGGCCUGAUGAUGGCUGUGAUGAUCGCCGCCCUCAUGAGUGACCUGGAUUCCAUCUUCAACAGCGCCAGCACCAUCUUCACUCUUGACGUGUACAAGCUGGUUCGCAAGAGUGCCAGCUCUCGCGAGCUCAUGGUGGUGGGCCGGGUGUUUGUGGCCUUCAUGGUGGUCAUCAGCAUUGCCUGGGUGCCCAUCAUUGUGGAGAUGCAGGGCGGCCAGAUGUACCUAUACAUCCAGGAGGUGGCCGACUACUUGACACCACCCGUGGCUGCCCUCUUCCUGCUGGCUAUUUUCUGGAAGCGGUGCAACGAGCAGGGCGCCUUUUAUGGUGGCAUGGCUGGCUUUGUGCUGGGCGCUGCCCGCCUGACGCUGGCCUUUGUGUACCGGGCCCCGGAGUGUGACCAGCCCGAUAACCGGCCAGCUUUCAUCAAGGACGUCCACUACAUGUACGUGGCCACGGCCCUGUUCUGGGCCACAGGGCUCAUCACUGUGGUCGUGAGCCUGCUCACGCCGCCCCCGAGCUCCGAGCAGAUCCGCACCACCACCUUCUGGUCUUCGCCCAAGGGCGGGCUGGGCAAGGAGAGCUGCUCCCCCAAAGAGGAGGAACCGUACAAAAUGCAGGCCAAGAGCAUCCUGCGAGGUGCUGGUGACCAUGGCGAGGCCGGUGAGGUGGGAGCCGGCCCUGCUGCCUCCCACCAUGCCCUUCCCAAUGGGAAGUCGGAGGAGCAGGGCAAGGGCUUGCUGCAGCCUGAAGACGUGAACCUGCUGGCAGCCUGCAGGGAGGAGGGCAGCCCCCUGGCCUCGGCAGCCCACUCAGAAGCCGAGACACCAGUGGACGCCUACUCCAAUGGGCAGGCAGCGCUCAUGGGGGAAAAGGGGAGGCAGAGAGAGGUCGAGGGGGGCAGCCGCUACUGGAAGUUCAUAGACUGGUUCUGUGGCAUCAAGAGCAAGAGCCUGAGCAAGCGGAGCCUGAGGGACUUGAUGGAGGAGGAGGCCAUGUGCUUGCAGAUGCUGGAGGAGCCCCCACAAGUGAAACUGCUCCUCAACAUUGGCCUCGUCGCAGUGUGCUCGCUGGGAAUCUUCAUGUUUGUCUAUUUCUCCCUAUGAGACCAGACUCCCCCGACCUUUAAGAUACUGGUUUUUUUGAAAACUACAACACAACAACAACAGCCACAACGACACUUAUGUAACUGUUGCAUCUCUCAGGCAUUGUUUACGCUGGAAAGCUUAAUCCACUCUACUAAUAGGUGAAGUGAGGAUGAAAGUGACUGUCUGAAUUACGACCCUGCUAGAAAAAAGUUUGUUCCUUUGAAUACUCAGAGGGAAAAAUUCUUCCCCACUCCCUCUUCAGCCAAAACAGUGACCCAGUAUGAACCUACCAGUAGCCUAGAUGAAUGUUGAAAACCUCAGGCUUUUGGGGGUGAGGGGUGAGGAUCAAGAAGAAGUGAGGAAAAGGAGAGAUUUGAGGGGUGUCUUGGUUUAGUAUCAUAUAAUAAAGCAAAUCCAGUUACAAUCUAAUAUGUUCUGUAUGUAGUAGGUGUCUUGUACCUUUCAAUGUGUUUUAAAGUUUCAAAUAGUUUGCAAGAGGAUUGCUUUGGCUGAGUCUUGGGUAGGAUGUCUUUCCAUUUAUGAUUGAUUGCCUGGAAAGUUGCUUUAAUUAGUCUAUGUGAAAGUAGUCCCAGCAGUGUAAAUAUGUACAAUUAGAUUUUUUUUUUUUUCUAAUUUCACUGUGAGAACUUCCAACUUUUGAGUGGCAAACAGAUCAACAAGUCUUUUUGCUCCUGGGCUUUUUUUUCCUGUGAGAUUGUUAAACUGCAAAAAGCUUUAUUUUUUUUUGGCAUAUACAUUAGUGUGAGAUAAUGGUAUGGAAACCCCCUUCCCUUGCUUUCUUCCCCUUUCCUCCAUCCUUAACACUGCUUCAGUUUGUAGAUUGCCAACAAAAGCAGGGUUUGAUUCAUUCUCUGCUCGGACACCCCUUUUUCUGUUGUCCAGUCCCACGGUGGCAAUCUCGUAGGGACUGUACUUUGCUUCUUGGUUAGUUUUUUUUCUCUCCUCUCUCCUUUUCUUUCCUUUUUUUUUCAUAAGGUGGAUAUCAAAAAUAGUUGCUGUGCAAAAGUUCGUAGUCUUCUUCAAGAAGAAAACCAUUCCUUUUUUAAUACCUGUGAAAUUGCGUCAUUCUUUUCUUUUUAAGCCAAAUGUCAGCAGAGUGCUGCUGCUUUUCUCUAGCAAUUUUGAUAUGUAAGUAUUAAUGCAUUUUUAAAAGAUGUCUACAUGGUACGAUGAUGUUUUUAUCUUCUUAAAUGUCUUGCUUCUUAAUGCUUUGUUCAAGUUUUCUGUAAGAGACCAGUUUGUACUCUGGGAGUGUGUAGAAUGUACCCGUGUCAUUUUGUGAGUUUGAUGCAUUGUAGACCAAAUGUGAUUCUAAAUAAAAUUGUUGAGUUAUUAGUGAAGAUUGUUGAUUUUUGUUUUAUGAAUUAAAUUGUUAAUUGAAUCCCAGUGUGUACCAUAAUUGUCCAGAAUUUUUAAACUCCUACACCCAAAAUAUAAAAAAAAGUUUGAUUAAUUGGGUCCAUUUUACGGUACAAUGUUUUAGCUACAAGCAGAAAAAGAGAAUUUGCUAUAAAAUGAGAUUUUCAGAUUGAGAGAGAGGGAUACCAUUUAAACUGGUAGACUUAGGAUUGUUAACCAUACACAGCAAUUCUAACUCUUCUAACCUCCUGUAUAAAAAUCUGGCUUUUUAAAUUAUAGACAUGUAAUGGUCAUGAUUUAAUGUUUAAAAAAAGUGUUAUCAUUUUUUGGGGGGAGGAAGCAAAUAUUCUUUCGAGCUGUCAGUUUUUAUUGCUGACACUGUCAAAUAUAAUACACUGUUCUCUGUGCACUGUUACCUUUGCCAGCUGCUGCAUUAGCCUUCAAAAGUAUUUGGAAAUUGAAGAUGAAACUAUACUUCUUGCAGAAUAUCUUCCUUUCUGUGGUAUUUCGUCUUGUAACUUAAGUACAGUAAUUAUUUUAUGGAAAUGUUAGCACUUCUGUACCAACUUUGAAUAAAAUGAAAAAAAUGGA